AUGGAUCGCUGCUACCGUGGAAGACGUAUGGUCCAAUUAUCACUUCAGCAAAACGAGUCUUUGGUGGGAGAGUCAAGUUCAGGGACUGCUUUGGACGAGAAAACUGGAGAACUUAGCAAUGUUGCUGGAGGGAUAUUGCCAUCUCCAAGUAGUACAGAUUCAAAUAAUUGUUCUUUAGAUUUUUCUAAAUCAGAGUUUGACUACGUUCCCAGUGAAGACAGUGACAUGACAUUUUGUGAAGAUAACAUGUCUGGUGGUGAAGAAUUAUUACUAUAUCCUGCUACCGGUUUGUUUACUACGGCACAAAAUGGUGGCGGUCGAGCAAAAAAACGUCGCAGCCGAGGCCAAGAUGAUCGAUCGCAAUGGAAAUGGCAGAAAAAUGCAGAAGCAAAACUAAAAGGAGAAGCAUACACAGGUUUCAAAAAAGGUGAAAGGGGAAAGUAUGUACAAAUAGCAUGUAAAUCAGCAAAAAGUGCUACUUUGUCUAAAUCUUCAAGCUUCGGCAACUUACUAUAA